AUGAGCUGCUUUGGAAUCUACUGGAGAGAACGCGAGGGCGAGAAUGAGGAGCUACAUGAGGUGAGAAGGACACACAAACAACUGAAGGAAGACAAGCACCUCCAUGGACCCACACACCGCCUGCUGCUGCUGGGGCCCGUGGGAUCUGGCAAAAGCACGCUUUUCAAGCAGGUAAAGAUGUUGCAUGGGCCAGAGUUUGAUAGAGCUAGUGAGCGGGCCUCUGAAGUGCAGAAGAUCAGAAACACCCUGAAGGAAGCAAUUGAAAAUGUCCUGUUGGCCAUGAGCAGCCUGCAGCCCCCAGCGGAGCUGGCCCACCCUGAGAACCAGUUCAGAGUGGACUACAUCUUGGGCACCAGGGACAAUCCCAGCUUCAGUUUCCCACCCGAGUUCUUUGAGCACGUCAAGGCGCUGUGGGAGGAUGAGGGCGUGCACUCUUGCUAUGACCGCUGCACGCAGACCGGGAUGCUGGACCAUUCUUGCUACUUUCUGGACAAGAUCGACGUCAUCAGGAAGCCUCACUAUAAGCCCAACCCCGAGGAUCUCUUUCACUGCCACCUCCACAUCCCCAGAAUCUUUGAUACCAUGUUCAAAGUGGAAGAAGUCAACUUCCACAUGUUGUAUGCCAACGGGCUCUACUACACCAACCAGGUAUGGGCCGAAAUCCUCAAAAACUUCACUGCCAUCAUCUUUGUGGUGGACAGUAGCAGCUACGACCAGAACUUUAUGGGAGUCAACAAACUGCAGGAGGCUCUGAACAUUUUCACGUCCCUCUGGAGCAGAUGUCCCCACCCCUGCCUUGUGCUCCUCUUCCUCAACAAGCAAGAUCUGCUGGCUGAGAAAGUCCUUGCAGCAACAUCGAAGAUCGAGGACCACUUUCCAGAAUUUGCCCAUUACACUAUUCCUGAUGAUGCUCCUGAGCCUGGAGAGGACCCCCACGUGACCCGGGCUAAGUACUUCAUCCGUGACAAGUUUCUGAGCAUCACCAGUGCUGGGGGCAAUGAGGACAGCCACUGCUAUCCUCAGUUCACCUGUGCCAUGGACCAUAGGAACAUCCAGUUUGUGUUCAGCAAGUGCGCCCCGCUUCUCCUGCACUCAGUGAAUGAAAGGAGCUGCUUUCAGGAGGGAACUGAAUUUAAUUAA